AAACAGGGAAUAAAUAAAUUCCAAAUCAAAUUCUAUAAACAAAUUCAUAUUAUUCAAACAGAAAAAAAAACACACACACACACACAUACACACAACCAGAAUUGCAGAUUCUGUGUGUAUGUGUGUAUGUGUGUGAUUUUUUCUGAUUCCAAUUGAUUGAUCGAUUGGAAUAUUCUGCAGAAAAUUAUAUAUAUGUUUGUACUCGUUCUGUUUCUCAUCUCAGCAAUAAAUGAAACAAAAGGACAUAUUCAUGUCUUGGAAGAGUACAGUUCACGGAAUCUGGUCAACCACGUCGUUGAUCCUUGUUUGAACAUUUGGUGCUACUGUUGGGAUUAAGAAUCCGCCCCAUUUAUUGGAACCUUCAGUGGCUAAUUGUUGAAUUGUUCAGAACAGAGAGCAAUUUCAUUGAUGAGAAAUUUUUGGUAGACAAGUUUUCGCAAUGGGGUACAUGAAUGCAGAGAAGAAAUGGGUAUUUCCUCUUGUUAUAAGUUCAUUACUCUGUGUUUUCCUUCUUGCAAACUCCUUCAAUAUGGGGCUCGUGUCAUCGUUGCACACAAUCAACUCUAUCUUUUCAGUCUUCCCAUCCCAUGCUGUGUCCAAUCAAACCGAUGUUUACUUUGAGGCAGAGGUUAAUCAAGCUCCACCGCCUUCUGCUCUUCCUUCGAUUCCAAAGUUCGCUUAUUUGGUUUCUGGGUCGAGAGGCGAUUUAGAUAAGCUUUGGAGGACACUUCAUACACUUUAUCAUCCAUGGAACUAUUAUGUCCUUCAUUUGGAUCUUGAAUCAUCUCCCCAAGAGAGACAGGAACUCAGUUCUCGAGUGGAAAAUGAUCCUGUUUUUUCAAAGGUUGGGAAUGUGUAUGUGAAUACCAAAGCAAAUAUGGUUACUUAUAGAGGACCUACAAUGGUAUCUAAUACUCUUCAUGCAUGUGCCAUUCUUCUAAAACAAAAUAAAGAUUGGGAUUGGUUUAUCAACCUCAGUGCUUCAGAUUAUCCCCUGGUGACUCAAGAUGAUCUUAUGUACACAUUUUCCAAUGUAAGCCGGAAACUGAAUUUCGUUGAGCACACAAGCAAUCUAGGAUGGAAAGCGCAUGGAAGGGGAAUGCCAUUGAUUAUAGACCCUGGACUUUACCAGAAAAACAAGUCUAAUAUAUUUUGGGUCACACCGGGAAGAACCUUGCCCACUGCGUUCAGAUUGUUCACUGGUUCAGCUUGGAUGAUCCUAUCGCGUCAAUUUGUUGAGUAUUGCAUAUGGGGUUGGGAUAAUCUUCCGAGAACCCUACUCAUGUACUACUCAAAUUUCGUGUCCUCCCCAGAAGGCUAUUUUCAGACUGUUAUCUGCAAUUCUCCAGAGUUUAAACCGACUGUUGUCAACCACGACAUGCACUAUAUUUCUUGGGAUUUCCCCCCCAAACAGCAUCCCCAUACCCUCUCCAUUAAUGAUACUGCAAAAAUGAUUGAAAGUGGGGUUCCAUUUGCACGGAAGUUCAAGAAGGAUGGCAGGGUAUUGGAUAAAAUUGAUAGAGAAUUACUUGGUCGAAGAAAUGGGAGUUUCACACCUGGUGGAUGGUGCAAAGGCAAGCCUCGCUGUGCCAAGGUAGGUAAUCCAACCGUACUCAGACCAGGUAGAGGCGCACAGAGGCUUCAGCAACUAAUGAAUAAACUGCUGACAGACAAGGUAGCUCACCAUCCAUGUGGUUAGAUAAGUAUCUGUAUUGUUCUUCAUCAACGAUGGAGAAAGGUGCACACAGAUCCUGCAUCUUUCUUCACAAGUUUCAAAAAUAACGAGUCUUAAGAGAAUUGUAUCAGAGUAGGCGUUGAUCUACUCACACCAUCGUUUGGUAGGUUCUAAUUAGCAAUGCAGAUAACAAAUCCGAAGAUUCAGAUGAUUGGUCAGGAGGAAAAUCUCGCGGUUAGCCCUGCUUACAACUAUUCCAUUGCUAUAUAACGAGGAUCAGUGGAUUGUACCCAAAUCUGCAGAUUAUAGUUUACAAAUGCACAAAAUUUCUCA